AGAGGCAAGUGGUUCUCGCCUUUCUGCAAGAUCUGUUUACGUGUGAGAUGAGGAUGCGUUGAUUGUCAUCGUAGAGAUUGUGUACCAGUUAAAGUGUCUUUAUAUGUUUCUGUGGUCGUCAUAACACUUCGUAUAUAACAAUAAUUCACAAAUGAUAUCCAAUAUCGUUAUAGCAGGGACAUUGCUCGUAAAUGCGUGUGCAGUUAUCAACUUGAAAUUGACAAAACCAGAAGAUGAAGGGUUUGGAAUUGUCAGAGAACCAACAGCAGGGGACAAAAUAAGGGAGUUUCUACUGAGUCUGCGAUAUUUUCGCACAUUUAUUGCUCUGUGGAACAUAUUCAUCCUAUUUUGUAUGAUAAUAAUAUUUGGGCACUGAGGAUGCACAUUUUGUAAUGAAACAUAUAAGCAUCUGAAGACCGGAAGGGCUAUCACACCACCAUGUGAUGCUGGAAUAAUCACUUGUCUUGGGACACACCAUCACUGCAUCAGACCCUUUUAUGGCUGGCACGUUGCAAGAGGUUAUCAUUGCAAUACAUUGAUGUUAUAGUGCUGGUCACUACACUGAAAUGUUUAUCAUCAUUAGUAUAUGCAUUUUGUGGUCAUGGAAACCAUGUUAGGGUAAUUAUUUGACACUUUUGAUUACAAUUACACAUGCUGACAUGGUAAAAACAUUAAAAUUUUCAUCGUAAAAACAGUAGUAGUUGUAGUCUAUUCCAUUUAGUACCUUGGUGAAUGUUGCUUAUGAAAUUCUGUUUAUGGACUUGGUAUGGUAUAUACAACUACAAGGUUUGGUGUAUCCAUAUGUAUAUUUAUACUCUAUGAAAUUUAUUUGCAAAUACUUAUUGGUGAUUCUAAUAUAGCUUAUAUGUGGAGUAACCAAUCUACUCGAUUUUAAAGAUGACAAAGUUUUCAAAUAUUAUAAUUUUUAUUCAUUUCAGUAAUGAAUAAAGGUAUCUUUUUUAUAUUACAAAAA